AUGUAUUAGUUCCCGCGAAAACCUUUGAAUUUCCAUUUUCUUUCGGACAGAGCUCACCUGGGCGAAGUACGAAGUCUCGGCGGGCACUUCAAGCUGAACUUCUUUCUGAUUUUCCUCAUUUAGCACAUUAUGUCUCGCAGCAAAACAAAGGCUAAAGAAAGUCAGGAGAAAGGGGAGAACAAUGCGGGUAAAGAAAAAACAACAAAAAAGGAGAAAAGUACUCAGAAGAAGAGGAAAGCUGGGAGUAAGAAUAAUGAGGAAGACACUGAGCAACUUGAAUUGAAAGAAGAACAGGAGCCUAAAAGAAAGAGAGGAAAGAAGGAAGUACCAAGAGAGAAAUCCACAGGCACAGGAGUAAAAGUUGAGAAGGAAGCCCAGGUUGUGGAAAAGAGAUGGUCAUCUGAAACAGAUGAUGCCAAACAAGAGGGUGAAGAAUCAGACAAUGAAAAGACAAAAAGUAAAACCACUUCCAAAGCCAAUAACAAAGGAAAUUCCAAGGAUACAAAAAACACAGGAAAAGUAAACAAAAGUGUUGUCAAGAGAGAGAAAACUGAAGAAACAGUUGAUAACAAAGUAAAGUUUGAGAAGAAAGAAAAAACUAUAAACAUUGCUCGUAAAUUGCAUAGGAAAAAAAAUGAGCAUUUUUCGCCGACCACAAAAGAUGAAGCAGUCCCCCGCCCAGUGAAGUAUGAGUCUUUAGGUGAAGGCCCAGCCCCAGUACCUUCAACUGGACUAAAAUAUAUGGGAUGCCAUGUCUCUGGAGCAGGUGGAGUAUGGCUAGCCUUUCAGAAUGCAGUUGAGUGCAAUGCCAAGUCUUUUGCUCUCUUCCUUCGUAAUCAGCGUCGGUGGGUUGCCAAGCCAUUGGAUGAAUUGACAGUGACCAAGUGGAAAGAGGCAGCCAAGGAUACCCCACCACAUCUAAUUUUACCUCAUGGAUCCUACCUCAUGAACCUGGGUUCUCCCAACCCUGAGACAUUAGAGAAGAGUCGCAACAUGCUUCUUGAAGAAUUGCAGAGGUGUGAGAGACUUGGAAUACCGCACUACAACUUCCAUCCAGGAUCCACCACUGGUAAAAUUAGCCGUGAAGAAUGCUGUAAGCUCAUUGCUGAAAGUAUCAACAAAGCACAUGAACAAACUAAGGGAGUGAUAUGUGUUUUGGAAAAUAUGAGCUGUCAGGGCUUUACAGUUGGAGGAGAUCUACAUGAACUACGUGUUAUUAUAGAAAACGUUAAGGACAAGUCAAGGGUUGGUGUUUGCAUUGAUACAUGUCAUACUCAUGCAGCAG